AUGAGCGCCAUCCUGACAGACCGGCAAGCCGAGGAGCUGCACAAAGCCAUAAUCGCAUACCUCGGCGUCAUCAACGCGCCAAACACGGCAGCCGCCUUCCGCGACGAGGCCAACGUCGCCGACAGCUUCGACGACGCGACGCGCAAAAAGUACGAGGGCCUGCUGGAGAAGAAGUGGACCAGUGUCGUGCGCCUGCAGAAGAAGGUGCUCGAGCUCGAGCAGCGCAACCAGAGCCUACAGACCGAGCUCGACUCCACCACGCCCACCUCUCUCCUGCGAAAGAACCAGGACCCCACCAGCUGGCUACCCCGCGCGCCCGCGCGGCACACCCUCCAGUCCCACCGCUCCCCCAUCACCUGCGUCGCCUUCCACCCCAUCUUCUCCUCGCUAGCCUCUGGCUCCGAAGACACGACCAUCAAGAUCUGGGACUGGGAGCUCGGCGAACUCGAGAGGACCGUCAAGGGCCACACCAAGGGCGUGCUCGACGUCGACUUUGGCGGCCCCAGAGGAGGCACUCUCCUGGCCUCUUGCUCCAGUGACUUGACCAUCAAGCUCUGGGACCCUUCAGACGACUACAAGAACAUACGGACCCUGCCAGGCCACGACCAUUCUGUCUCUGCCAUUCGCUUCGUUCCCAGUGGAGCCGCGGGCUCGCCCUCGUCCGGCAACCUGCUCGUCUCCGCCUCUCGAGACAAGACACUGCGCGUGUGGGACGUGACAACGGGCUACUGCGUCAAGACGAUACGUGGGCAUGCUGACUGGGUACGAGACGUAGCCCCCAGCUUUGACGGACGAUGGCUCCUCUCCGCCGGUAACGACCAAACUGCGCGCCUCUGGGACGCCAACUCGGGAGAAGCAAAGUGCACUUUCCUCGGCCACGAGCAUGUAAUCGAAUGCGUCGCAAUAGCCCCGCCCGUCGCCUACGCCCACUUGGCGUCCAUGGCGGGUGUCAAAAAGGCCCCGCCGCUUAGCAGCUCAGCAGAGUACGUCGCAACGGGGUCACGAGAUAAGACCAUCAAGAUAUGGGAUGGCCGGGGAACGCUCGUCAAGACGCUCGCUGGUCACGACAAUUGGGUACGAUCGCUUGUCUUCCACCCUGGCGGCAAGUAUCUUCUGUCAGCCAGCGACGACAAGACCAUACGAUGCUGGGAUUUGACACAGGAAGGGCGGUGCGUGAAGACCGUCAUGGACGCUCAUAGCCACUUCGUCAGCUGCAUGCGAUGGGCGCCCAACGUAGCCAAGGAUGUUCCAGUCAACGGGGACAGCUCAAACGGCGCAGCGUCGAGUGCCGCAAACAAGAAGAGAGAGGAAGACGCUGCCAAGGCCGGGAUCAGAUGCGUCAUCGCCACAGGCUCUGUUGAUCUCAACGUUCGCAUCUUUGCAUCGUGA